AUGAGUGGAGGACACCCACGCUACGAUGAUACUGCGAUUUUAUUAUCAAAUUUGAACAAUGUUUGCCAAAGAUUGGGCAUUUUGGAAAGCCAGGUGCUUGCUGUAUCCCAAUGGAUGGAAGAUGUACAUGCAGGCUCAGGUGAAAAGAAAGAACGCAGCGAGUUCCGUUCCGUAAAGGGUCGUGUGAACCGUCGCAGCAUCAACGAAGUAAGGGUAAAGGUGUCGUGA